AUGGCAGCAAGACGCGAUUUAACACUUGCUGAAAAAGUAGAGUUGAUUCGUAAAAACGAACAAAAUGUACCGUACCGUAAAUUGGCUGGUGAGUACAAAAUCUCGAUCGGAAGUGUUUCAAAUAUUGUUAAGCGCAAAGUUGAGUACAUUGAGAAUUAUGAACAAAAUGAAAACUCAAACAAGAAGCGUAAUCUACGUGAUGAAUUCAAUCAACAACUAGAUCAGAAAGUAUAUGAAUGGUUUGUACAACAACGCAGUAAGAAUAUUCCUAUCUCGGGUCCUCUUUUGCAAGAGCAAGCAAGACAAAUUCGUCAACAACUAGGUGGUUCAAAUGCUGACGAUUUCAAAGCAAGCAAUGGUUGGCUAGAAAAGUUUCGCAAACGUCAUGGUAUACAAUAUCGAACUAUCAAUGGUGAAUCAGCAUCAGUCGAUCCUGCAACUGUUGACUAG